AUGUCGGCCUCGGCUCCUCACUCGACAUCUCUACCCACCGAUAUAACGUGCAUCGCCGCCGAACCCUUCGAGCCAAAACCCCUGAUUGCCGACAUCCUCCGUACGCGCUUCUGCGUCCCCGGCUCCAUCUUCCUCGUGGAAGGUGUGCAUUCCGUCCAUACGUCCCGGUCAAAAAGAUGGCGCGCUCUUCGCCUACUGCUGGGCGACGGCGAGCUCUCCAUCCAGGCUCUUCUGUCGGCUGAGCUGCACAGAUACAUCGACCGAGGCGAGGUCGCGUUCGGGUCCUAUAUCAGGUUGGAGCAGUUCCGGGUCGAAUGGAAAGCCUCGAGCGGCAACCGUGGAUCUUCGCCUACGAAAAGGAAAGGGAAAGAGAAAGCUCAAGAAUCCGAGGGAGAAGAAAGGGGCAUGGUAUAUCUAAUCGUGGAGGAUCUCGCGUUGGUCGGUUGGAACAACGCGCUUGUCGACUCCGAAAUCGGCGAGGCAGCUGAGACUGGGCCAUUCUAUCAAGCAGAAGAAGAAAAGAACCGGCAAGGAACCCCUGGCAUGUCUGAUCCUAUCGACCAUACCCAGCUCCGGCGCAAAUCAAUAGAACCUGCCGAGAAUCGGGGUAUAGAGGAGCAUCUGAAGGACCCUGCAGAUGCCGACGACGAUUUCGAAUCCAUGCCCAUCUCCGACCAGAAGGCGACGCAAAACCGCAUCGCCAUAGCUACAAACGCCAGCAGCACCGAGCUGGACGUGCAGCCGAUAUCUAGCUACCUCCCAUGGGCCGGCAACGAUCCUUCGAAGCCGCUGAAGCUCACCAAGCUGCGCUCCAUCCCAAACCUGCCAUACAAGCAGAAUUGGAGCGUCAACGUCCUGGCCGUCGUGUCAGCCAUCUCCGACGUCGAGCCCUCUGGUCUGCCGCCUUACACACAGCGUCAAGCGCGCCUCGCCGAUCCCUCGACGGACAAGCACGUGCUCCUCACUGUGUUCCUCGACCCGCAUCUGUUCGCCCCGUCGGUUGGCAGUGUUGUCUUGUUGCUCGGCGUCAAGAACCACAGAUUCGACGGGGGCAGCUUAAAGAAGUAUGUGAGCGAUCGCCCGAGGGAUGGCGAGGGCUGGUGGUUUGAGAACCCCUCUCGCUUCUCCUGGUGUGACGUUGCUGGCCUGCAGCAGUGGUGGAAUGGGGACAACAGCUGGGGAGAUCAUGACGUCCCUCCACCAUGA